GUAAAGUGAAGGAGAUCUACUGGGUAGUUUAUUUUCCCUCCAUGGCCUCCAAAGUGGGACGCAGUUUGGAGCCGCCAGAAACCCUGGGUGGCGGAGGCUGGACCAGACUCGACUUCCCUCCUUCUGCACCAAAGGGAGUUGCCACCGCCUGGUUUAUUAACCGCCGCGGUUCCAGAAAGCUGACUCUGAUCUGGAUUACAUUCAAUACAGGCUGGAAUAUGAAAUCAAGGCUAAUCAUCCCGAUUCAGCAGGCGAGAAAAAUCCAGUUACACUCUUAAAGGAAUUGUCAGCAAUAAAGUCUCGGUAUCAAACGUUGUAUGCACGCUUUAAACCAAUUGCUGUCGAGCAGAAAGAGACUAAGAACUGCAUUUGUGCUACUUUCAAUAAGACUAUGACCAUGAUACAAGAACUACAAAAGCAAACAGA